AUGUCUACUGUUGCACUUCCAGUCAACUACGUUGUGUUGGUGCCCAAGGAUCAUGUCCAAAACCGACUGGACGAUGUCAGUGAUUUGGAUCACUCAAUCUCAUCCUGCUCCUGGGUUGAACGGCAUUCAGUUCACCAACGAAGGACGUGGCCACAUGCAAGCAGAAGAGGAUAUACCGACAAAAACAUUCCUCCCCAGCGCGUCAGGAAACUGGAUGCUGAGCCAAGCUUUCGAAGAUCACUGACACCUGAUUCGGAUGAUAGUCGAAGAACGCUUGCCCCCAAGGCGCCUAAGAGGAAGCAAAGCAUUGCGCCACCGAAUGAAGAAGAACUCGAGGAGCUAGCACGCAUGUUUGCUGAUGAAGAAGAGUCGCUUUCGGAUGAUGAGUGCGAGGAAGACGCGCUUUGGGUGGGUGAAGGGGCGGGUCAGUGUCUCGAGGCGGGAGCAUGCUUUGAGUCUUCUGUUGCUAUCGAAAGGCUUCGACUACUGCUCACUCCCGUGACUCACCAGAAGAGGGUCAAAGCUGAUACAUUCCCAACGCGGCCUGCAAGGCGAUACAGCGUGAAACUGAUGGCGUCUCGUCCUCUCGACUGA